CUACCGCGCUUUAAAGGUAAAGUGGAGAGAGAAGUUGACGGAAAACACGCUAACCGCUCGCCUAGAGUCACCGCCUUAGACGCGGCUUGGCAUCGGCGCCUGAGGUAACCGACGUUAGGUAAGGUGCUGCUGCGUCAACAUCCUGUCGCCUGCUCUGUCCAGACGGAAGCUUCACCUUGGUUCCCCCCACGACUUGUCCUAUCUUCUUACUUCCUCAUCUGUCUCCUUGCUACUUUCCGAUCGAUUUUCAAAGCUUCCGGAGAUAACCAAACGUCCUCAUGGCGGACCGCUAUUCCUUCUCCCUCACCACCUUCUCCCCUAGUGGAAAGCUGGUCCAAAUUGAAUAUGCCUUGAAUGCUGUCAACCAGGGUGUAACUGCCCUCGGAAUUAAAGCAACAAAUGGAAUCGUCCUCGCUACUGAAAAGAAAUCAUCUUCACCACUCAUCGACCCUCCUUCCCUUUCCAAAGUCUCCUUAAUCACGCCCGACAUUGGCAUGGUGUACGCUGGAAUGGGUCCCGACUACCGUGUGCUGGUCGACAAGGCACGCAAAGUCUCCCAUACUGGAUACAAGCGGAUCUAUAAUGAAUACCCCCCUACCCGGAUAUUAGUGCAAGAUGUUGCGCGUGUCGUGCAAGAGGCUACUCAGUCCGGUGGUGUUCGACCGUACGGUGUGAGUCUGUUGAUCGCUGGCUGGGAUGAGGGUGUCGAGCCCGAGGCGGGAGACGCACAGACGGGCGACCGGGAAGAUGAGCCUAAGAAAGCAACCGGCAAGACAGGCGGUAUCUUGAAGGGUGGUCCAAGCCUUUAUCAGGUUGACCCAAGCGGCAGUUACUAUCCAUGGAAGGCUACGGCCAUUGGCAAGCAUGCUACGAGCGCGAAGACAUUCCUUGAGAAGCGGUACACUGAGGGUCUUGAGCUUGAAGAUGCUAUUCAUAUUGCUCUUUUGACAUUGAAAGAGACAAUCGAGGGAGAGAUGAACGGUGACACGAUAGAGAUUGGUAUCGUUGGCCCUCCUGCCGACCACCUGUUGGGCUUUGAGGGCGUUGAAGGAGCUCAAGGGCCUAGAUUCAGGAAGUUGACGAAGGAGGAAAUCGAGGACUACCUUACCAAUUUAUAAAUGAUCUCGGUAUGGGCAUUGCGGUGGUUCUUGGGCCUUGUAGUAUAAUAGACAUAUGUCGAGACUUGCGAGGAUCCCAUACAUGUUAGCGAAGAUUUUACGAUUGUGUCCUUAACGUACACGAAGGAUAUUUAGCUGAGCCUUAUGACAUGUUUAUCAUGCCUAAUCAUGCCCAUUAUUAAAAGAGCCAUCAUAUGGAAUGAAUGCGCCUUGUUAAUCGAACCAUUCAAGGCUUUACUGCAAAAAUGAAUGUCACGUCUUUUGAUUAGUAGGUCGGCUCUCCAACAGCUGCUUUAGUUAGGGCAGGUAACCUGAUGUCAGUGACCAGCCAAGACAAGAUCCCGAGGAAUUUAAAUUGCACCAAUAUAACAGGACAGGGAAGGGUCAAUGGGGACAACGGCUCGAAAACCACAGUUUAAUAUGACUAUUCCCUAAUUUCACGAAACACUCUAACCCACAUCAGAAUCCUCCUGGUCCGCUUUUAUGUUGAUGCGGUUCAUUCGUGAGCUAGUGAAUAAAUACCUCUGCCUAGGGACAUUAGUACAAGGGUCAUCCCCUGGUAACUCACUGAGUCAGAAUGGGGGCUAUCGAUGUUAGGUUCCCGGUCAUUUCCCGCGGCAAUACGGCUAGAUAGCAAUCUAUUGGGCCUGGGGUGCUAAAGCACCACGGGCUGACAGUGGUGGCCUAUGCUAAGCAUAGACAUGUGCAGUUUCCCUACUGU